AUAGAGAAGUAAGAAUCAUGAAGUUAGUAGAUCAUCCUAAUAUAGUUAAGCUGUUUGAAGUGAUAGAGACAGAGAAGACACUGUACCUUGUCAUGGAGUUUGCCAGUGGGGGAGAGGUAUUCGACUAUCUAGUAGCUCAUGGCCGCAUGAAGGAGAAAGAAGCAAGGGCCAAAUUUAGACAGAUUGUUUCCGCAGUCCAGUACUGCCACCAGAAGAGGGUUGUCCAUCGAGAUUUAAAGGCUGAGAAUUUACUCCUUGAUAAAGACCUGAACAUCAAGAUAGCGGACUUUGGUUUCAGUAAUGAAUUCACACCAGGCAGUAAGCUAGACACAUUCUGCGGCAGUCCACCUUAUGCUGCCCCGGAACUCUUCCAGGGAAAGAAGUACGACGGUCCCGAAGUGGACGUCUGGAGUUUAGGCGUUAUCCUCUACACACUCGUCAGCGGCUCGCUACCAUUUGAUGGUCAGAAUUUAAAAGAGCUUAGAGAAAGGGUUUUACGAGGCAAGUACCGCAUCCCGUUCUACAUGUCAACAGAUUGUGAGAAUCUGCUCAAGAGGUUUCUAAUGCUCAACCCUACAAAAAGAGCUAACCUAGAGACAAUCAUGAAAGACAAAUGGAUGAACGGAGGCUAUGAGGACGACGAGCUCAAACCCUACCAAGAGCCAGAGCCCGACUUCAACGACGAGCGACGGAUAGAGAUCAUGCUCAGCAUGGGCUUCAAGCGGAAGGACAUCGACGACUCCCUCAGGAAUCACAAGUACGAUGACCCGUACGCCACGUACCUUCUCCUGGGUCGCAGAGCACAAGAUUCUGAAGAAGCAGACUCGACGUCGAGCAGCAGCCUCUCACUAACUCAGCGCAAUGUCCCCGACAUGACCUCCGCCAUCACCCCUUCGCCAUCUACCCAUGGUAAGAAACAACAACGCGGCCUGCCCUCCAAUCAGAAAGAGAGGCGAUUUAGUCAUGGCGGAGAAAAUUACGGGAAAACGACAACAGCGAAGAUCACCUGCCCUGAGCAGGCUGGUUCCCAUGUAACUAGCUCCUCCUACAAGCGACACAACAAUGACAACGGCUUGAAGGAGAACAUCGUGAUGACACGGCAGGGGCGGGCCAGCGCCGGCGCCAUCGGGAACAGCAAAGGAUCAACGGGUAAGACAGGAGGGAUGACCACGCCCACGCUAGGGACUCCCAUUAAUCAGGAGGGGUCGUCACGGAAACAGAAAUCAGCUACGCCAAAGCACAUACCUAGUAACUCGGGUAUGACCAGGAGGAAUACAUACGUGUACGGAGAUCGGGACGCCACGGGAGGGAGUAGAACCAAUGGACAGAGUGAACGAUAUAACAUCACUAGCAGGGACCUUCCCGUGCCGACUGCAAGACCUAGGCACCAGAAAUCAGCGUCCACCUCGGGCCAUCCAAACAAAGGGUCAGGCCUACCCCCUCUAGAAGACCCUUCAGACAGACCAAGCACGGCACCAGGCAAUAGAUUACCCUUCCUCCCGUCACCCGCUGUCGGUGGCACCAACACGGGUACCGGUGGCCACAUAAGGUUCCCUCGGGGUGCCGUCAACCGAAACACCUUCCACGGGGGUCAGGUGAGGAGGCACCCGAUGUUCAACGGGCCCAACGCGUCGCCGGGCAUGCAGGAUAGUAUGGAGAGGAAUAGGAACUCCAUGUCAUUCUUUGGAAAGCUGUCCUCGAAGUUUCAAAGGAGGGUGCCUACUAACUCCGGGGAGUUUGGAGUAGAUUUUCCCCAGGAACUACCGCCAAAGUCCAGGGCUCCUGGCGUCAGUGCUGGCAAUUUGUCAAGUCGUUCAAUCACAGAGCGAGACCCGAAUCGAGAGGACCCGAUCAAGCCUCGUUCCCUUCGCUUUACGUUCAGCAUGAAGACGACCAGCUCCAAGGAUCCCGACUCCAUCAUGGGCGAGAUCCGACGUGUCCUGGAGGGCAACUCUGUUGAUUUUGAGCAGCGGGAACGCUACUUGUUGUUCUGCGUCCACGGUGACGGACGCGGGGACAACCUGAUUCAGUGGGAGAUGGAGGUGUGCAAACUGCCGCGGCUGUCGCUCAACGGUGUCCGCUUCAAACGUAUCUCUGGUUCAUCCAUGGCCUUCAAAAACAUUGCCUCCAAAAUCUCAAAUGAACUGUGCUUGUGAAUAGUCAACUGCAUUUUUUUUUUUUUUUAGGUUUAGUUUUUAUUUUCCCUUUUUCUGUUUAUAAGACUAGGAUUAGCUGGAGUAACUUAAGACAACACUUUGACAAACUCUAUGAGAGUGUCAGAGCUUUUUAAAAAAAAAACCUAACAAUUUGAUGCUUACUAUUAUUAUAAUUUUGUUUUUAACAACAGUAGGAUAGGCGUCUUCAAUGUGGGACAUUCCUACCUUGGGAAGCUAUUUAUUUCAUCCCAAAAUAUCACUUCAACUGGGAGAUGACUUGAGGGUAGUGUAAAAUAGUUGGGAUGAUUUACGAUUUAUUUCAGUGUGUUGCUUUGAUUUUCAGUUCACACCAGAAUUUCUCAAAUCCCGGCUUGGGCUCUGGCUCCAUGUGCCGUUUGAUGUUCGAUACUAACACCGCGUGCAAAGAACACGCUGCUCCAAACAAGUAUACGCCUGAAGACAGAGCUGCAUUUCCACUGCGUAUGCAGCGCGCUCAGCACAAGCCUGAGACAGAGCCCAAGACGAGGUUUGAGAAAGGUUCCAUGUUAUCCAAAGUAAAAUGACUAAUUUGAAUGAGGAACGUUCCUUUGUGUCGGAGGUAUCCACCAUAGGACAUUUUCACUCGCGUUUCUAGUAUUGGAAGUUGGCAUGUAUGAUGCUUGCUUCCACUGUCUAUUUUAUUCAGCUUCCUUGUCUUCUCUACCACACAUUGUCUAUGAAUGAAGGUCAAGGUACCAGAUGGUCUGUAUUGUGGGUCGUGUCAAGCAUGGUUGUGUGCUGUGGUACUGGUUUGCAAAUGAAGUAAUAAACAAAUAAGAAUUGAUGUCGGGUGGCAGGUUUAAACCUCUGAACCUUCCCCCUGUAAGUGAUUGUCAAAGUAGUUGGUUGGUAAACAACGGGACAAAUUGGAAUUUGAGAAUUUGAAUAACAAAACAGACCCCCCGCCCCAAUAGAAAAUAAAACAAGCAUUGGAUCAAAAGUCAACUCAAACAAUAUUUUCCCCUCCAAUGUCUCAAAAUUCAUUGUUGUUUUUUAAUUCCCUGUUUUAUGAAAUUUAAUAUUGUGCAAUUACCAAAUUAAAUAUUUUGAGAUUACACAAAGUUUUGAGGCACUGGGUCAACAUCAACUGAAGAGAACUCUGAACAUCAAAACAAGUAGACGAUUUUAUUUUUUUUGGGGGGGUCGAGUGGGUUGAGUUUUAGAUAUUCAUGUAGUUUUUUGUUCCGUAUUUGAAAACACUCUCCCAUCUCUUCCAUUCUGUUUCAAUUUGUGGCUGACAGUUUGGAAUUUGAAUAGAAAAAGGACAGUGGAAUUGGAUUUUUCUUUAAACUUCAGACUCCCUGGUGUUUUUCUGGUCUUUUCAGUUUGUCCGCCCUGCGAUAUCUGAUCUUGGAGACAUUGUGUCAUACACCUUAGAUUUUAAUCUGUAUCUGGCGGUCUCAGAAUCUAGCCCUAGUGUAUGAAAUUAUGUACAGAAUCUCUGUGUAAAAAUGUUCAGUUAUUUUUGUUGUUGGUUUUUUUGUCAUCACUAACAGUCAUGUAUUUGCUUUCUUUUUUUAUAUUCUUGUUCUAUUUUUUUUAUUACUUUAAACAUGAGGGAUGUCGGCCGUGAAAGUGGCAUUUGUACAGUGUAACAUUUGAAUCACUUCAUCAGAAAACCGUUUUCAUUGCAGCAGAUCUUUUUCCAAAAUUAUCAUUUUGUGUAAUUUAUUCACCUAAAGUGUUUGCCCAAUCGAAACAGAAUAUGUGGCUGCACCACAUCGUUCUGUUUGAGUAGAAGUGAAGUUUAAAUUCACCACAAAAAACAUCUUUGUGUGUGUUUUGUUUUGUUUUGUUUUCCCUGUGUCGGUAGCAAUUUGAUAUGAAAAUGUCAAAUUUUUAAAAUGCCCCUCUUUCUUUCUUUGCUAGAAACAGUCGGUCAGGAAGCAUAUUGCAUUUGAUGAAAACCAAAUUGUCCAUCUGGCAAUUUGAACUUGAAUCUUGAAGCUCACACAAGAUUGAAAAUAGUAUUAAUUUUUCUCGGUAAAAAGAAGUUUGAUUUUUUUUUUUUUAAUCGGCCAGAAUUGUGGUAUUCAGCGGCUGAAUUUCAAGGGAAUCCAUUUAUUAUUGAUCGUUUUUAUUAUCUCUAUUAUUAAUUUUUUUCUUAUUUGAUUUUGUUGUUGUUGUUUUUGUACUGGAGACAUAAAUAUGUUACCAUGGUAUCUUCCAUUGUUGGCAUUUAUACACAAAUAACAGUGACUUCUGACAUGUUUGUAGCUUGUACACAUUUCAUUGAGGAAGCUCAAUUAUAGGUCUGUAGAAACAAUGAGAAUAAUUUAAGUAUUAUUAUUAAAUGUGGAUGUAAAAAUAACAUUAAGAAGAAAAAAAAAACAAUGGUCAAAGGCAGCAUGGAACUGAUUAAUUUUUAGUCGGUAGAUAAUAAUUAACAAAAUUAAAAGCAAGACAGUUGUUUGAGCGAGUGUGUGAGUGUGUGUGAAAAAAAUGUGAGAAUUUCAGUGAGAAACAAUGGAAAAUUGUCUUGUGACUUUAAAAAGUUGGAUAACUUAAUGUAAUGUACAUUUUUUUGUACAAAGUAAAUACAAACAAAAACCUUGUUUUUUGUGUGUUAAGAAAACAAAAAAUCCCUAUUUUCUUUUUGUGUUUUUUUUUUGGAGCAGCAGUCGUAGCAUCAGCAGCCAGUUUCAUUUCACAAUUGUCGUAGUUUCGUGACGCAGAAAGCGAGCAAAAACUUCUUGCAAUGUUGGUGAAAAUAUUUAAAAAAACGUAAAUCCAUUGGCAGUGUUGAGAUGGGAUUGUUUUUUUAAGUUUAGAUGUUCCCAGUUUUUGCCCUUACUUCCUGAUAGGUUUUUGUGCCACGUAUUUCUUGUUUUCUGUGUAUCUUUGGGUUUUUUUUGGGCUGGUAUAUCCCUCCUGCCAUCAGUGUAUACAUACUGUAUAGAACAAUGAAACAUUAAAAGGUAAAAAGCACUUUGUUUUGGUCAUUUUGCAUAAAAGUCAAUUUCUGUAUUGCUUCUUAUUAAAUAACGAUCACAAAACUGGGUAUGGUGCCACCAUUUUCAUUUUAUGUAGAUUGUGUCUGAUUGGAGUGACUUUGGCUGUGGCUAUGGAAGCGAGUUGCUAAUGGCAAUGUUAAAGUAUAUAAGAGGGGGUCACAGUGAGCUAGCCAUAGCCACAGUGAUAUAGCCAUAGCCAGAUUGAAAGCUGUCAAUUUAGGCAUGGUUUGAUAAUGGAGGUUGCAGUUGGAUCACAGAAUGGUCUAGUGCCUGUUGUAUUGAAACCCAGAUAACAGGGGACCGUUUUAACGGCUGUGACCAAUAUUACUAUUUCGGUCUUUUGCUAGUGAUUAGCCAGGCAAUGGCCAAUUCAACCCAAAUAGUUAUUGGUUAUAACUGCGAAAACACACCCUUGACCUUGGAGUCCUAGCAAUAUUUUCAGACUUGGAGGCCAUUGCUGUAACUGUGCAUGACUAGGGCCUUAUUUCAAGUAGCAGCUUAACAGCAAGCACUUUGUUCAGGGCCCAAAUUCAUAGCGCAAAUCCACGGUAAACACGCAAUUUGGCCGCCCAAUUUUUCUGCUAACUUGUGAAAUAUGCUAAGACUUAUAGUAAAUGUUUCUGCUACAGUAAGCGCGCAGAUUUGCUUACCCUUAAGCAGCACUAUGAAAUUGGGCCCUGGUUACUGUUGCAGAUAAAUUUGCUUAAUGGCAAGUCAGUUGGCAAGUAAAAUAGGCAGCUGCUGGCAAGUUGAUUUUGAAAAUUUAUCUCGUUCAUUUGUUAACAGUAAGCCCUGGAAUAGAAGGUUAUCAAGCUAAGAAGUUAAAAAACACAAAAUCGUCUUCAAGCAGCUCUUCGAAAUUGGCUCCUUUGUGUACUGUUCUGAUUAAGCGCAUUAUUAAUUUGACACUAAUGCAGUGAAUAUAUAUAUAAAAGUUUGGCACAACUUCAAAUAGUGAAUCUGAUUGUGCUGUGAAUUCAACAUUGUCUUCCUUUAACCAAAACGACUUUCAAAUACAAAGUAAAAAACUACAAAUGAGAUGAUAUUUUAAUAUCAUAGCAGUGUAAAGUCACAAACUGUGCAUGUAGGCCUACUUGAACUCAUGCAGAUUAAAUGUAUUGACUUGUAAAGAGACCAAUCCGAUAUUUUUUACUUGAGACCCUUCUUAAUAUAUACUCAAUACUCAUGAUGCUUUGGCUGCAUCCAAAUUGGGGUCUACAGCUACGGCUAUUGCUAAGGGUGUCCCAUACCUCAACACUCGAUGACGCAGAAAUCUAGCUGUAGCCCUAGCUAUAGCUGCCAAUUCGAAAACAGCCUUGUAAUGAGACUACACAAAUGACCUUUGACCUGUUGCUGACCUCUGUUGUAUUUGGGUCAAGGGAUGUAGUUAAGAAGUAUCCAGUUCCGGCUAGCUUUCUUUAAAGCUUACUAAACAAAUUACAAUGUUGUUUUGAUAUUGUAAGUAGACAACAAAUUUAAAACAUUUUGCGGACAUUUUAAAGACUACACUGAUUCCUUUUAAAUACCAUUUUGCAGUAUUUUUGACCUAGUGAGGGUGUGUGAACCAAAGUUAUAUGAUGCAGAUUAAGUAAAACAAAUUGGUUGAAUUUGAUGUUGAAAGCGCCCUCAUGUGGUAUGAAAAAUGCAGUGAGUUUGUUCAAUUUGUUGGUGUAUGAUGGUGAAACCAUUAUUGAAGAGAAAUUUAAAAUCAAUUAAGUUUUGAGUAGCAACACAAUUGGAGUAAAACCUUAUGACCUGAGAAAUAAAAAACAUAGCGGCCCCAGUGCUUUCUAAACUUAAGUUUGAAAGUUUCUCAAUUCAUGUUGCAUGCCUGUUGUGAGCUAUUUUAAGGGUCUAAGCCACUAAUAACAAAAUUCUACCAGGGUUCAAAAGAUUUUGUUUUUUUGGGGAAAACAAAACUUUCCGUGUGAGGGAAUGUCUAAUUAGGCCCAUGACAUCUCAUUUGUCUUUUCCCUCGAUUGUUUGGCUUUUUUUUUUAAUCUGUGAACUACGAGACCCUUAUUUUUUUAAUUCAUUAAUAAUGAAAUGCAUUGGGAAUAAUUACUGAUAUGAGUUGUCUGUUUUUAAAAGAACAGUUUGAGAAAAUAAAAUCAAAACAUUUUAUCAAAUUAUUCAUUUACAAAAAAGGCACUUUAAUUUUAGUUAAUUUUCUAUAUUUCUAAGAGAAAAAUUAAGUGCUGACAAAAAAAGAGCAAACAGUGCAACCUUGCAUGUAGUAGUGACAAACCAUUGUAGCGCCCUCUUGUGUCGAGUAAGAGUAAUUUUGUCAUUGUGUCAGGUCUGCAACUCUCCUUUCUCAUAAGAAAGAAGUAAUUUGUUUUUGUAGUAUAGGACCACCCCAAAACAAUAUGUUUUAGUAAGGGAAUCAAUGUGUGGUGAAGAGGUUUUCAACUAGUGGUUUAAUCCCAAAGAGGCCUGGUUCUUGAUAAUU